CUCAUAACACUUGUAAAGGACAUGUCAAAGGUCCAUGCGGCUCUGUCUUUGGAAUAACUUACCUUAAGAGUUCCCCCACGCCACUGUAAACUCUUUAUCGGAACACGACUUAUGUAUGUCUGUGAGCCAUGAUGCUUCAGAGGAAUAAAAACCUAAAAUACUUUCUGAGCCUUGUCCCCGGUAAACGUCGUCUUGGGACGUACAGGUUCCUUCCUAUCUUUUUUUGCAUCGGAGGGGUCAUGGAGUGGAUCAUGAUCAACGUGAGGAUAGGAAAGGAGACUUUCUAUGAUGUCUACCGAAGAAAACGAUCAGAACGGGAGUACCAGCAGAAGGUAGCAGAGGAACUGAUAGCUCUUAAUGAGCCUGCAGCCAAGUGAAUGACGGUCAGGAUCGGAUUUGAUGUGAACUUCACGUGUGUCAUUGAA